CCUCUUCCUGAGUUCUAUUUCAUUAAUUUCGACUCUUACCUUCAUCUCUCCUUUCUCUCUCUCUCUCUCUCUCUAAAAUGGCGGUGACCAAUCCGUGGGGUAUGGCCCGUUCAAUCCCGCUUUCCCAAACUUCCAACUCUUCUUCAUCCAAUUCCCUUUUGAAGAAAAAGCAGCUACUUAAUACCUCCAAUUGCGUCAAUCUGAGACUAUUUCUGGGUUCUCAUUAUCAAGGAUUUUUUAAUCGUAGAACUUCCCGUUUAUGUUGCCGUUGUAUCAACAGCAAUAACGACUAUGAAAUUAAUGAUAAUGUUCCCAGCAUUAGCAUUAGCAUUAGCAAUAGCAAUAGCAAUUAUACUAAUGAAUGGGAUUGGAAUCGUUGGAACCGUCACUUCUCUGAAAUUGAGCAAGCUGACAGCUUUUCCUCUCUUCUUAAGUUUCAACUUGAGGAAGCUGUUGAAAGGGAGGAUUUUAAAGAAGCUGCAAAAUUAAAAUCUGCUCUUGUCGAAGCUACUUCAAAGGACACAGUAGCUGAGAUAAUGUCUGAACUCAAGAAAGCAAUUGCUGAAGAACGAUAUCAUGAUGCUUCAAAGUUGUCUAAAGCUACUGGAAGUGGUUUGGUGGGGUGGUGGAUAGGCAAUGCGAAAGAUUCUGAUGACCCAUUUGGCCGACUUGUACGUAUAACUCCUGGAGUUGGCAAGUUCAUUGGCCGCAGUUACACACCAAGGCAGCUUGUGACUGCCUCUCCUGGAACCACAUUAUUUGAAAUAUAUGUUGUCAAAGACACUGAUGAUACAUAUGCAAUGCAGGUGGUGUACUUGCAGAGAUCCAAAGGUAGUCCAGUAAGCUCGACCAGUUUGCAACCAAAACCAACUAGAGAAUCACCUAAUAGUGAGUCUGAAGAUCCUUCUUCGGUGGAUUUUCAGACUAACGAAGACAAACCCGAGAAACAAGAAGAGAAGAUUUUGAACAUUGAAGGGGCUACUGAGGAGGGAAUUAAGAGUGUGAUCAAUUUUCUUAAAGAUAAAAUUCCAGGAUUAAACGUUAAAGUCAUGAACAUCAAUGUAACAGACCAAGUUCUGGAAGACAGUGACACUGUGAAGCAAUUGAAAGAGGACGAGUCGGAGGAUGAUGUUGAAAAUUCUGAGGAAGUUGAUGUUUCAGAUGAGGAUGAAAGCGACAGGAUUAGGAUGGAUGGAGAUAGCGAUUCUUAUGAUGAUGAGAAAGAUUUAGACAUGAAGGUUUUUGUUGGAGGCAUUGUCCACAAUGAGGACGAUAUCUCAUCAAAAGAGGACUAUAUUCGCUUACCAGCUCAAAUCAGGGAGGCAGAGAAAGAUUCUUUCCUUCUACAUAUUCCUGGUAUUCGUGGAAAUGAAGAAAGUAUGGCGUCUAAUGUCAAAGUAGCUGCUUUAGCAGCUCGUGGUGUUUCUGAUCUCAUGCCCGCUGAUGUUGCCAAGGCAUUUCUGGGUAGUGAGAAAAUAUCCCCAAAGGUAUCCAGGAAUGUGCGUGAAAUAGUUAAGCUUGCAGUCAGUCAAGCACAGAAGAAGAAUAAACUUUCUGAAUAUACAAAAUUUAAUAGGAUACAGAUUCCCAGAGGCAAUUUGGAUCCUUUUGAUGGGCUAUAUGUUGGUGCUUUUGGACCUUAUGGAACCGAGAUAGUUCAGUUAAGGCGCAAAUUUGGUCGAUGGAAUAGUGGGAUUGAAUCAGAGAACCCCGCAGAUGUGGAGUUUUUUGAAUAUGUUGAGGCUGUUAAGCUAACUGGAGACCUGAAUGUUCCUGCUGGCCAGGUUACUUUUCGUGCUAAAAUUGGGAAAGGGAAUCGCCUCUCCAAUCGGGGGAUAUAUCCUGAUGAACUCGGAGUGGUAACAAGCUAUAAAGGACAAGGAAGAAUUGCAGAAUUUGGUUUCAAAAACCCCAAAUGGGUUGAGGGUGAACUUCUCCAACUCAAUGGCAAGGGUGCCGGACCUUAUUUUCGUGGGGCAGAUCUCGGUUUUCUGUACGUUGUCCCAGAGCAAAGUUUUCUUGUGCUAUUUAAUCGUUUAGAUCUACCAGAAUGAGCCGUUGCGCUGCCAUCUAUUUUUAUUACUUAUCAUACACCCUUAGCAAUUAGCAUAGAGAGAGCAAAAGAUAUAUAAACUUGAAGGCUAGUAUGAGUUUGGGUAUUGGCCGUGCAGCACGAUGUUCAGUUGGCAAUAGCUGAUAUGAACAAUUUUGAUACCUUUGCCAUUGCUUCCGGCCAUGUUUAAACACCUCCAGCAUCAUGUAUUUGGAUAUUAAACCAGAGUUUUUAUCUUCUAAUCCUUUUAUGUGCAUAAAGUAUAAUACUAGAGUUGGCUGUUAUAGUAGAUGUGUAUUAAGAGUUUGAGCUGCGUUAGACGUGUAAUAUAUGUAAAAUAACUCCCAUUGGGUACUAAUAUGUAUGAAACAUGUUUUGUUGCUUUUACAGAAGCUGUUUUUUGUUA